AUGGGAAAAUCUACUGUUUUUAAUAUAAUUUUUGAAACAUGUACAGCAUUAUGGAAUAAAUUACGAGCAUCUGUUUUAGAAUUGCCAACAACUGAAGAUUGGAAAGGAAUUGGAAGAGGAUUUGAAUCUCAGUGGAAUUUUCCUAAUUGUAUUGGUGCAAUCGAUGGAAAACACAUUCCCAUACAGGCUUCCGCGGGUGCUGGUUCUGAAUAUUAUAAUUACAAAGGAUUUCAUAGUAAAGUGUUAUUGGCUAUAUGUGAUUAUCGUUACGCAUUUACGAUGUUGGAUAUUGAAGCUACUGGGCGCCAGAGCGACGGUGGUAUUUUCUCACGAUCGAAAAUGAGAAAAUAUUUUGAAGAAGACAGAAUGGGAGUGCCAAAUCCGGUAUCUGUAUUGGACAGUGAUAAUGUUCUUCACUUUGUUGCAGUUGGAGAUCAAGCAUUUUCCUUGACAACAUAUUUAAUGACACCUUAUUCUGAAAAUAACAAAUUGUCACUUGAUCAAAGAAUUUUCAACUACCGUUUAUCGAGAGCUCGAAGAAUUAUUGAAAAUACAUUUGGAAUUCUUACUGCAAAAUGAAGAAUACUUCGAAGAACAAUAGGCGCAAAUAUAGAAACAAUUGAAGCUAUUGUAAAAGCAACGAUAUGUCUCCAUAAUUAUUUAAUAAAAAAGGAAGAGUCGACAUAUUUUUGCAAGUCAGUGGUAGAUAGAGAAACAAGAAAUGGAGAUGUAAUUCUAGGUAUUUGACGAAAUGAUACAUCUGAAAAUAAUUUAUUUCAAAAUUUAAAUCAACCAAAUCAAGCAGUAUUAAGUCGAGAAGCUUUACAAGUACGAAAAAAGUUCACAAAGUUUUUCGCCAAUGAAGAAGUAGUACCUUGGCAAUUUCGCCAA